CUUUGAAGAUUUUUAUCAUAAAAAUAACUCCAACCCCAUCAUCAUCAUAUCCAUAUUUCAAACAUAAACAUGAUUUGAUAAUUGCACAACUUAUGUACACAAAAAUUAAAUUAUAUCUGUGUCAUCAAUAAUAAAUAAUGAUCAUCAACAAACCUACCAUAGUGAGAUCACUUUAAAUAAAAGUGGGUAGUAGUGUCGGUGAGCGUUUCACACAAUUGAAUAGAACAGAUUUGAAGCAACUCUAGCUAGCAGCUCCAUGCAUCAUCUUCCAGAUCAUAUCAUUAAAUGUUAUGCAUGUUUUUGUAUAUAUAUCACCCAUCCAAACACUGACUAGCUCCAUCACCCACCCCAAGCCCACAUUCCAUGCAGGCUUAGCUUGCCUGCCUGCCCUACCAUGCUACUACCUCUAAUGGGGGAUUUCCAUCCGUCCCUGCGGCGCAGCGGCACCGGAUCAUUCCUCCUCCCGCUCCUCCUCCUCGGAUCCUUCUUGUUCCUCGGUGUUUGCUACGGCGAUGAUAAGACGACCGCCCAUGUUGUUGGGUUCGGAGAAUGUUCUGACUGCAAGGACUAUAACAUUCAGACCAGUCAUGCUUUUUCAGGGCUUCGCGUGACAGUUGAUUGCAAGGUGGGAAAUGGAGAGAUGAAAACAAGAGGAGUUGGAGAGAUGGAUAAAGAUGGGAAGUUCCAUGUCUCAUUGCCCAAGGAGAUGGUGAUGGACAGUGGGGAACUAAAGGAAGAAUGCUAUGCUCAACUUCAUAGUGCAUCUUCUACCCCAUGCCCUGCCCACAAUGGCAUUAAGGCCUCUAAGAUUGUUGCUGCUAAA